AUGUCAGACCUUCCUUCCGCCAUCCACCCCGACAUUCUCCCCCGCCUCGACCCUGAAUACGUAGCCAUCCACAAUGCCCACAUGGCGCACCGCGUGCCCCCGUACACGGUCCCUUGGCAUCCAGAUGUCAGGAAGGCACCCCCCGUCCCCGGUGGCUCCUCUGUUAGGACGGUCGGGGCUGUCAGGGACAUCAGUUUGCAGAACUGCAAGAUUCGAGCUUUCAUACCCGAAGGAACACCUCCUCCUGAAGGAUGGCCGGUGCUGCUGUACCUCCAUGGGGGCGGAUGGACGAUUGGGGGUAUCGACACUCUCAACUCAUUCAUCUCCCGUCAAUGCAAAGAGAACAACUGCGUGUCGUUGGCCUUGGACUAUCGUUUAGCUCCCGAGAACCCAUAUCCUGCAGCAGUUGAUGACACUAUUGACGCAUUGAAAUUCAUCUAUCACAAGGGGAAGACAGAAUUUAAUGCAAACGUGGACAAGAUCGCGGUGGGUGGGAUGUCCAGUGGCGGCAAUUUAGCGGCAAUCGCGUGUCUCAAGGCGCAAGAGCUCACGCCUCCUAUCCCCAUCAUCUUCCAGCUAUUGCAUGUGCCUGUGACGGACAACACGGCAUCCGUCGCUGACGGGCGAUACCCGUCUUGGAAAGAGUGCCAGAACACUGUCUGGCUGUGCGAAGGGCAGAUGAUGUGGGUCCGCAACAUGUACCUUCCUGAUCCUGCGACCUGGGCCGAGCCAGACAGCUCGCCCAUCUUCGCAUCGGAUGAUUUGCUUGCCAAGGUCCCGCCUGCAUUCAUUGGUGUCUGUGAACUCGAUAUUCUGCGAGAUGAAGGGAUUGCGUAUGGCGAGAAGUUAAAGUCACUUGGGGUACAGGUAGAGGUAAAGGUGUAUCCAAGAGCACCGCAUUUGAUUCUUGGGUUGGAUGCUGCACUGAAGGUUGGGAAGCAGCAAGCUGACGAUGCCAUCAGGGCAGUGGGUGAUGCUUUCAAAGCGGCAUAGGG